AUGAAGCCAGCUAGUGCUCUUGUGCUGCUGGGCACUGCUCUCCUCCUGAUCUUGGGUGCAAAUUGUGAUAUUUGCCCGGCUGUGAAAAAGGAUGUUGAGAUUUUCAUGAAGGGUACCCUCGAAGAAUAUGUUACAUACGUGUCAAGAUUCCAAAGUAACCCUUUAGUAUUGAACAACGCUAAAAUCCUAAAGCAAUGCAUUGAUGCCAAACUGACAGAAGAGGAUAAGGAUCUGGUGCUCAGUGGGCUGGAUAAAGUAUACGCAAGCGAUCUGUGUUGA